GAAAUGUAUCAAAUAGCAAAUUGUACUGAGGCCGAAGCACCUGCUCAGUUUAGUGUUUUCUCUCCACUCCACUGCAUCAAUUAGGAACAGAGGAAGAAGAAUAAGCCAUUUCAGAAGAAGAACACCAAACAAAUAAAUAAAUAAAAUCUUUUCGACAUUCCGAUGAAAAAAUUGCGCGAAAAUCGACGCUGCAUUUAUAAGUCAUUACCGACGCAGAUUUCCGACCACAGCCGUCGCAAAACUUAAAUAUAUAUUGGGAACAAAACCCUCAUUUUUUCUCAAUUCUCACUUCCUCGCCUCACUUUUUUUCUCUACUCUUUCCUUGGCGAUUCACCUCUUAGGACAGCCAAAUAAAGCCGUCCAUUAGCGCCACCGUUGACGGCAGCACCACUGUUCAGUUGAGAUGGCAUCUCAGGAAAACGAUCGUCCACAAAGUGCUAGUGCGGUGAAACGUAAAUCUAAGGGAAAGAAAAAAGUUUCUGAGACUACAGGUACACAGAGUCAAAAGUUUGUAGAGGUUGGAACGCUGGAUGCUUUGGGGAGGCUGGUUAUUGCUCCUGCUGGGACUAUUGGGUUUAUUCCCGGCUUCCAAUCUGCAAAUGCGAUUAUGGAUUCCAUUGUAUCAUGUUAUCGGGACGCUUGGAGUUCCUGGGAAGAGGUACCUGUCUAUGACAGAGAACAAAUGUGGAAUCACUUCAAGACUCAGUGUGCAUGGUAUCCCCAACAUGAAUAUCAUAUAUUUUGUAAUUUUGAGAUAAACGCUGCUUUUUUGCUUAACAAAACCUUGGAGAGUGCUUGGGAAAUGAAUCAGAAGCCCGAUUGGAUGCUAGAAGGUUUAUGGGCUAGACUUAUUGAAAAGAGGACCACUGAGAAAUUUCAAAAACCGAGCAUCCAAGCAAAGGCACCACCAGGGACUCAUCAAAGGAAAUUGGAGAAGAAAAAAAGGAGAACUAUGACUUAUGAUGAGAUCUCAAAGGAGAGACAUGUGAAAAAUAAAAAGAAUGGCCAUAAUACUUUGGUGGAGUCACAUGUUGAGAGGACAAAUGCUGGGUAUAAAAAAGGCUUGGAUGAAUGGCGUCAAAGUCAACCUACUUCUGAGGAUGAUAGCUUAACCCAAUUGCCAGACGAUGAUGAAGCUUCAAUAUUGUCGAAGAAGAUUGGUGGAUUAAAGAAAGGUAAAGCACGCGUCCUUGGAUCAGAGCAUUGCGUAGGCUGUGUCACGUUUGGAUUUGCUUCUGCUUCUUUAAGUUCUGGGCAGAAUCAGGAAGAGAUAGAUUCAGAGAUAAAAUCAUUGCGGAUACAAGUACAAGAGCUAUUGAAAAAGCAAAAAGCAGACCGUUUAAGACUUGAUGGACUGGAGAAUCUAGUGGUUCAGCUCAUAGACAAUUGCCGAUCUGAAGAGUCUGACAAUGAUGAGUCUGAUGGAGAAAAAUAGUUUGUUGUGCUUUUGAUGUUGAAGCAAUACUUGUUUGAUUUCGUUUGGAUAUUACCUGAAUGGACCAUUCAAGGUCUUUGGAUGUUUUAGACUUGAUUUUGUAUGCUACUUGAAUGGUGUUUUGGAUGUUUUAGUUAUAAACGUUUAUGUUUAA